CGCACCAAUUGACCUCGUAUAUUGUUUGCUUCAGUCGUAGUACUUAUUUGUUGCCUUUUUUUCAUGUCAGAAUGGCGUCGAGCGAUGGUGUUAGGGACGGCCAACGUGGUGGAGGCCAACGUGACAGACCUAGCCGGAAAUUCAAAAAGGGGGAUCAGACGCGUAGAUUGUGGAACCACCGCAAAGAAGAGAUCCUUGGGGUGACUUUGGUCGAACUUGUAGCCCUUGGGUGGAAAUCUGACAACGGUUUCCGUUCUAGGUAUCUCCAGAGGUGUGAGGAUAGUAUCAGACAAGAGUUUCCGACCACUGAUAUUAAGAGGACUCCAAAUAUCGUGUCGAAGAUCACGUCAUGGAAGAACAGCUACAGCUCCCUUCGCAACAUACUAGAGAGGUCCGGUGUUGGUUUUAGCGUCAAUGGAGACUACAAAAUUGACAUAGACGACGACCAAUGGGAGCAAGUUGUUCAGCGCGAUCCCAAAGCGAAGUUCAUGCGGAACAAGUCUUAGCCGUUAUGGGAGACGUGGAAGCUUAUUUUCGGCAAAGACCGCGCGACCGGCGGUGGUGCAGGGACAUUACCCGACGCCGCUAACCGGGUUCGCAUGGCUGCCGGCCGACAC